CUCCGCCCCCUGUGUCUGUCAGAGAGGAACAGGAAGACUCCGCCGUUCACACUCUGUCACUCAGUGGAUAAAAAAAGUUAACUAAACUUGUCUCAGUCAUGGAAACUAACUUGGGAGACACUGCGGAGACUAGUUGUCAUUAACAUCGACUCGCUCCUCGCGCUGUACGCACCGAAACAACUCGUGGAAGGAAGAAGAGCGGAGGUUUUUGUCUUUUUGCCUUAGCUCACGGUUACUCGUUACCUAGCUAGUGGGGCUAAAGCUAACGUUAGCUCAUAUAGUGUCGUAUAUUUUCCGGAUUCACAUAGUUGAGGCUUCACGUUGUGUUACACUAAGGACACUGGUGCGGGAAUGUCCUCAGUGUUUGUUGUGUAGACGCAACAGGUCGUUUCCGUACUUUUCGUCUCGGGGCUCCGGGGCUGCGCUUUGAAUUUCCCUCCUUCAGGGAGACGGACAGGCGGCUUCAGCGGAGGGGUCCGCUCGGUGUAGUUGGCUCUCGACCAAAUCAUUAGCAGCGCUGUGCUAAUUGUGGCUAGUAAGUUAGCCAGGGGGGACUAUCACAGGCCCGGGGGGAAUUAACGGCGAAGAAACCCCAGUGUGGGACAACUGUGUCUUUGUGUUGUGUUGUGUGUGUGUGUGUGGAGAUCACCGCCACACGGGUUUAUUUUGACAACCGAUUCGAGGAUUAAUCCCCGAGUAUGGAUCCACACACGGGCAGCUCCGCCUCAGCGGCUGGACCCAAGAAGGACAAGAAGUCAAAGAAGAACUACGAGGAUGGAGACGGGAAAAAGAAGUUUACACUCAAACGGCUGAUUCCCGACGAGUUGGAGCGUUUCACCAGCAUGAGAAUAAAAAAGGACAAGGAGAAGCCUGGCCAUGUGCCAAGUCAGCGUCACUCUUCAGCCGCAAACUAUGAGAUCAAUGCUCAGUCCGCCUUGAUGCCCGAUCAUUCUGAUGAAUAUGUCCUGGAGCUCUUUGAACAGAUGUUGGUGGAUAUGAAUCUGAAUGGGGAGAAGCAGCAACCUCUGAGAGCGAAAGACAUUAUGAUCAAGCGAGAGAUGGUCUCCCAGUACCUCCACACGUCCAAAGCCGGCCAAAACCAGAAGGAGAGCUCUAAAUCAGCCAGGAUGUACAUCCAGGAGUUAAAGUCAGACUACCGAGACACACCACUGCUGAGCUGCCUGGAAUCUCUACGAGUCUCCCUCAACAACAACCCUGUCAGUUGGGUGCAGAACUUUGGAGCUGAGGGUCUGGCCCUGCUGCUGAAUCUGCUGAGAAAACUACAGGAAGAGAAAGACGAGUACCCAAUGAUGGGAGUGAAAUGCCAACAUGAAAUCAUUCGAUGUCUUAAAGCCUAUAUGAACAACAAGCAUGGUUUGACAUCCAUGCUGGAGUCAGAGGAGGGAAUUCCUCUGCUGGUCAGAGCCAUCAACCCCACGGUGCCUCACAUGAUGGUGGAUGCUGUCAAGCUGCUCUCUGCCAUCUCCAUUUUGGAACAUCCUGAGAACCUCCAUGAACGUGUUUUGGAAGCCAUUACAGAGGAGGCUGAGAAACGGGAUAUUGAGAGGUUUCAGCCUCUCAUCGCAGGCAUGACCAUUCAGAACAUUGCUCUUAAGGGUGGCUGCAUGCAGCUAAUAAAUGCCUUGAUCAGCCGAGGAGAGGAGUUGGACUUCAGGAUCCAUAUUCGCUCGGAGCUGCAUAGACUGGGACUCAGAGACCUGCUGACGGAGGUGCGGACGAUAGAAAAUGAAGAGCUGAGGGUGCAACUUACAGUGUUUGAUGAGCAGGCUGAGGAUGACUCUGAGGACCUCAAAGUACGUCUUGAUGACAUCCGCAUCGAGAUGGAUGAUGUGAGGGAAGUGUUUGAGAUCCUGGUCAACACUGUGAAGGACUCCAAAGGGGAAAGCCACUUCCUGUCCGUGAUGCAACAUCUGCUGUUGAUCCGCAAUGACUAUUUGGCCAGGCCUCAGUACUACAAGUUGAUAGACGAGUGUAUCGCUCAGAUCGUGCUUCACAGGAAUGGGGCUGACCCUGACUUUAAGUGCCGUAACCUUAGCCUCAACAUUGAAGGCUUGAUAGACAACAUGGUGGACCAGACCAAGGUGGAAACCAGUGAGGCCAAGGCCACUGAGUUGGGGAAGAAGCUGGAUGCAGAGUUGACGACGCGCCACGAGUUGCAGGUGGAGCUGAAAAAACUGGAGGGCGACUACGAGCAGAAGCUGCGGGACCUGAGCCAAGAGAAGGAACAGCUGGCCUCUUCUAAGCAGGAGCGAGAGAAGGAGAAUCAGGGACUACAACAAGAUCUAAACACUCUGAAACAGCAGAUUGAAACGCUGUCUAAGGAUCUGGAAGAGGCCAAGACUAAAGUUGUCACAGUGACUGUUCCCGUGCCAACACCUGGUGUGCCCCCUCCCCCGCCCGCCCCUCCUCUCCCUGGCCAGAAUGUCGGUAUGGCCCCUCCACCUCCACCCCCUCCUCCACCUCUACCAGGCCAUGCAUGCAUAUUUGUUCCCCCACCGUUACCUGGUCAAGGCAAUAUUCCUCCACCACCUCCUUUGCCUGGCAUGCCAGGACCUCCACCACCCCCGCCCCUUCCUGGCAUGGUAGGCCCGCCGCCUCCUCCACCCUUACCUGGGAUGGGACCUCCACCACCACCGCCCCCACCUGGGUUUCCUGGUAUGCCUCCACCACCCCCGGGCCCAGGCAUGCCUCCACCACCACCAUUUGGCAUGGGAGGAUGGGUUGCGCCCGCUCCCCCUCCUCUGCCUUUUGGGCUCAAACAGAAGAAGGAUUACAAGCCUGAGGUUCAGCUGAAGAGAGCCAACUGGAGCAAGAUCGGCCCUGAAGACCUCUCUGAGAACAGUUUCUGGACCAAGGCGAAAGAGGAUAAAUUUGAAAGCAAUGAGCUCUUUGCCAAACUCACCUUGACCUUUUCCUCACAGACAAAAACCACUAAAGCCAAAAAGGAGCAGGAUGGUGGUGACGAGAAGACGCAGCUGCACAAGAAGAAGGUGAAGGAGCUCAAGAUUAUUGACGCCAAGACGUCACAGAACCUCUCCAUUUUCCUGGGAUCGUUCCGUCUCCCCUAUGAACAGAUCAAGGAUGCCGUCCUGGAGGUCAAUGAGAAGAUCCUAACAGAGUCCCUGGUUCAGAACCUGGUCAAGCAGCUGCCAGCACCAGAACAGCUGAGUGUCCUGGGAGAGAUGAAGGAUGAAUACGAUGACUUGGCUGAGGCUGAACAGUUUGGCGUAGUGAUGUCCUCUGUGAAGAAGCUGAUGCCACGACUCCAGGCCAUCCUGUUCAAGCUGCAGUUUGAGGAGCAGCUGAACAACAUCAAGCCGGAUGUGGUGUCUGUGACGGCAGCGUGCGAGGAGCUCAGGCAGAGCAAGAACUUCUCCACGCUGCUAGAGAUUAUCCUCCUCCUUGGGAACUACAUGAACUCUGGCUCUCGCAAUGGAAAGGCAUUCGGCUUCUCCAUCUCAUACCUGUGCAAGCUGCGUGACACCAAAUCAGCUGAUCUGAAGCAGACACUGCUCCAUUUCCUCGCCGAUGUGUGCCAGGAGCACUAUCCUGAUAUCAUGGGCUUUACAGAUGAUCUCAUCCAUGUGGAAAAGGCCAGCAGAGUUUCUGGAGAGACGAUUCAGAGGAGCAUAGAACAGAUGGGCCGUCAGAUCAAGAACCUGGAGAAGGAUCUGGAGACCUUCCCUCCUCCACAAAAUGACAAGGACCAGUUUGCGGAAAAGAUGUCUAGUUUUGUGGUCAUUGCCCAUGAGCAAUAUGAGAAGCUGGAUCUGAUGCAUAAGAAUAUGGAGAAGCAAUAUACUGACAUGGGAGACUAUUUUGUCUUUGACCCGAGAAAAAUGUCUGCUGAGGAAUUCUUCGGGGAACUCAACACCUUUAAGAACAUGUUCCAGCAAGCAGUGAAGGAGAAUCAGAAGAGGAGGGAGGCUGAGGAGAAGAUAAGGAAGGCCAAGCUGGCUCGGGAAAAAGCGGAGAAGGAGAAGGAGGAGAAACAGAAAAGGAACAAGCUCCCCGACUUCAACACAGAGGGUGAUGAAACUGGUAUCAUGGAUGGCCUGUUGGAGGCGCUGCAGUCCGGUGCUGCUUUCAAGAGAAAGAGAGGACCCCGGCAAGCAGCCAACCACCGACGAGCUGGUAAUGCAGUGACCAACAUCCUGGCCAAAGAGCUGAUGCAGGAGGACAAGCCUUCGUUCAGUAAAGUGACGGCAAAGAAGAGCAAGAACGAGGAGAAAGAGGAGCCUAAACAAGAAGGAGCCGAGUCGCUAGAGGAGUUACUGGAGGCUGCUCCCACUCGCUCUAAUUAGACAACACAUGCAGAAUGUUUUUACUCACUGAGAGGGUGAUAUACAGACAAAGAUAUAUUUCGGAGGCAUUCCAACGGGCCAACAUCGAUCUGAGAUUAUUUUACAGGGGGGAAAAAAGGCCUGUGUUUUUCUGACCUUUGUCUUAACAGGAGCAUCUUUAUGGGUAGCGCUGUCUGUGUCUUCUGUGAGGACGGAGAGAGGCAGAGGAUGAGGGCGGGGCUCUCACCUCAGAUCUUGGAUGUCCCUCAUCAACCUUUCGAUCUUUGCCAUUGUCAUGAUAAUAUUAAUUUGCUUUUUUCAGCAUGUGCACAUAUCUGUUUAUGUAUUUUUUUUUCUGUUUCCCUUCCUCCGUAUUUCUGCUUCUUUCACUUCACCUGUCGUUCAUCAAAGGGCAUCUUGAGAAAUUCCAAAGACUUAACUCAGGAGGGAUCCACCCAUUGUGUUGUGGUUAUUUCCAAAUUCCAAAUUAAGAUUGGGAACGUCUGGAAUUUGGCAAUAUCCUGCAGGUGCUUCAUAGUUUUCUCUGGAUGUUUCAGCCACAAGCAGUUUGCGCUUUUUGAUUUAUAAUUUUUUUUUUUUACAUACAACAAACUGUGUUACAUCUGUCUUAUAUACUGUACGUUACUGUUUGAAAAUGUUAAUCAUUUUUCCUGUAUUGUUGAUGAAAAAGUGCCAACCAAUAGAAAUCCAGUCUUGUCAAUUCCCUUCCUGGUUUUGUCCAGUCACAGCUUGCACUGCGGUGGUGUGUGGACCAGUCAGACAGUAGUCGUCACCUGGGUGAGUUUUCGUUUUGUCUGCAUGUAUGAGUUGGGAUGUUGAGGAUUAAUUUACAUAAACAUGUCUUAGAUGUGUUGCCACAAAUGCACACAACGGUAAAGAAAACUUUUCAUCCAUGAACAUUAAUGUUCUCAUAAAUCCUACACGGUGAAGUAAAGUUAGGGGAGAAAGUUCUUUCACAGUCACUUAAACCAAAAAAACUUUAAAAAGGGUGUUUCCGUACAAAACCUAGUCUGAGGAGUUUGCGUGCCUGUGUGUUCGUGUAUGAGAAUGACUGUGUGUGUGUGUGUGUCAGAAGUAUAAGCCGCCUAUAUUUAGCCUUGUGUGUACAAUCGACUCCCUACAAGUGUCUGUGUUUGUGCAUGUAGGCUAGAGUGCGCGUGUGUGUUGCCAUCUGUAAUUACUGUACGGUACCGACCAUGCUGUCAGAAAUGUUAGGUUUCACAAACAGCUUUGUGGUCGUUCUGCUGAGGAUAUAGCACACUGGAAAACUGCCCAAAAACUGCUGAGACAAGUAUGUGUUCAGUUGUGUGUGCGUGUGUAUGUGCGUGCGCGUGUGUUCACCCUCCUCCCCUCCCACUGAACUGCAGCAGAAGUUGCUGAAUGUCUGGCCUUGCUUCCAUUGGUAUUCAGCAGGCGGCAGCAGACAUGUUGCCAUGAUGUGGCGGUGUAAUAUCUGACAGGAAUCCUGAGAGGUGAUGUCAGCUGCUCCACACAACAUUUAUAUCUAUGCAAACACAAUAGUGUGGCGUGCACGCUCUCGCCCAGCCAACCUCAGGACGUAAAAACCACUGGGCUGACUUAUGUGAUCUAUUAUCAACCCGCUGACUCGAGAUCAGUGCGUGGUGUUGCCGAGGAAAAGCUCGAUAGCUGCAGAAGUUUCCGAAUUUUAGGAAUUUUUAAAAAUCGCAACACCCCAAGUGAUAACAUGACAUUUCCAUAUAUAUUUGAAUGUCUGGAGGAACUGGCACUUAACAUAUACAAAUAAAUGAGCUUCUUUAAGAACAGCGGGAGGAGAAAUCUUUGUUCUGAUCUCGUGCUUUAGUCUCAUACAGUAACACUGAUUUAUAAUUGGGUGCAAAACCCCAUAGACCACUGCACCCGCUCUUAAGUACAAAAUAUGCCUUAGCUUAAACCAGAGAGAGAAAAUGAAAAGGAUAUCACAACAUCACUGGAAUAUUUUUUUGCUUUUCUUUUUUAAAUUUGAGUCAUUCCUUUUGCUCCUAAAUUCUUUUUUAAGAGAAUGUUUUCUAUGUGAAUUUUUACAGUUGAUUGUUUUAAUGUAUUUGAUUGUUUUCUCCGAGAUUUCCCUAUGUACACAGAAUAAUGCACAUAGUCGUUCUGUUUGCUACACAAAACUUAUUAAAAAAUGUCUCAAGAAA